UACUCGACAAAUUCUUCAGCGCAGCCUCCAUGCAGCGCUCUCGGCGGGCACAGGAGUUCGACCACCUCCAAUUCCCACGGAGGACGGCAGAAUUAAGUCAAUAUGUUCUCUCUACAACGACCACCACCACAGCGCCAUCGAAGCUUCACGCUCGCUUUCUCGUUCGAACGGGCUUGCUAAAGUUAUAGCAUUACAUUCCCGGUCCGCUCUGUUGCUGAGACUUCUGCAGUAACCUGUAAGUGGGUGCACGGCAGUGAAAAGCAUGAAAAGUAGGAUCGGGCAGCACAGAGGACAAGUGAGAGGAAGGUGCACAGCCAGCAGCUGAACCCUGAGGGCUAUCCAUAGGGAACAAUGAGCAGCUCCCUGAGUCCCAAGCAUCGGAGCAGCCCGGGCCUGCCCAGUCGACAUGAAGCCAGCUUGUUGCCCAUGAAAGAAGACCUCGCCCUCUGGCUCACCAAUAUGCUUGGCUUGGAAAUCACCGCUGAGAGCUUCAUGGAACGCUUAGACAACGGUUUCCUCCUAUGUCAGCUGGCUGAGACGCUGCAGGAAAAGUUCAGGCAAAAUAGUGCAGACCUGCCUAUUCUCAACAACACCAAGGUUAUAUCUUACAGAAAGAUCCCUUGCCGGCAGAGUGCACCAUCUGGGUCUUUCUUUGCCCGGGACAAUACAGCCAACUUCCUGUCUUGGUGUCGUGAGAUUGGAGUUGGGGAAACGUGUUUGUUUGAGUCUGAGAGUUUAGUUCUUCACAAGCAGCCUCGAGAAGUUUGCGUCUGUCUCUUAGAGUUGGGCCGAAUAGCAUCCAGGCUCAACGUGGAACCCCCGGGCCUUAUAAAACUGGAAAAAGAGAUUGAACAAGAAGAGAAAGCACCUCUACCUCCACCGUCACCCGUAUCCCCAGUCCAGCCCCUCCAGCCUUCCCCCUCAUCGUCACCCUCCCUCUCUCCGUCCCCAUCGCCUACCCCUUUCAAAGUCACCUCCAACAGAAAGAGCACAGGGAAUGUGCUGGAUGAUGCUGUAAGACAUAUUGCUGAGAACCCCCCCUGCAGAUGCUCCAAUAAAUUCCAUGUGGAGAGGCACUCACAAGGCCGAUAUCGUGUUGGGGAGAAAAUGGUCUUCAUACGAAUGCUGCACAACAAGCACGUGAUGGUACGUGUGGGAGGAGGCUGGGAGACGUUUGAGAGCUACCUACUCAAGCACGACCCAUGUCGAAUCCUGCAAGUGUCCCGUGUGGAGGGGAAGACAUCCCCCAUUGGCGGCAAAGGCCUCAACAUCAAGGACCUGACACCUGACAGCUACCUGGUGGUGGCGGCCAACUACCGCAGCAGAAAGUCAAGGCAGGAGACCGCACCGUGAUGAAGACAGGAGCUGUGUGACAUUCAUGUAGACAUUUCAGUCAACUGGCUAUAAAUGGUGUACAUCUCCUUAUAUAAGAUUUUAACCAAAUUAGUUUUGUUUUGUGCAUUGUUUUUAUAUUUUAGUUCAUCUAAUCCAUUUCAACUUGGAUGAUAUGGAAUGGAUGUCCAGUGCUGUCAGUGAGUUAGUCAACCACCAACUGUGCAAGUUCUCCUACUUGAAAAGAUUAGAGAGGCCUGUAAUU